CACUUUUUUGUUGAUCUCAUAUUAUCAGUUUUAUCAGAUUCAAGAUGUAGCUACUUAAUUAUCCAAGGGUAUUUUUUUAAUUAAGGCUGUUUUGUUUUUUCAAAGAUAUACUCCCUCUCGAAUUUUUGCCGAGUUCAAAUCCAUCCACCAGUACCGUCAGAAAUGAAUAAAAAUCGGAAAAUGAUCCCUGUUUGCAUAGGGUUCCUAUCACAAUCUUUCGGGAGCAGAGGUUUCUCCUCACAGAUGACAAGCAACAAAUUGAAGAUAGCUAUCAUUGGUCAGAGCACUUUUGCUUCAGAAGUGUAUAAGCUGAUAAGAAAAAAUGGACAUGAAGUCGUGGGUGUGUUCACAGUUCCUGACCAAGGCAGUCGAGAAGACCCUCUCGCCUCUGUUGCGGCUGCUGAUAAAAUCCCUGUUUUUAAAAUAUCCAACUGGCGGAAAGGGAAAGAUGCCAUUCCAGAGAUUGUAAAUCUGUACAAAGAAACUGGCGCGCAACUGAAUGUAUUGCCUUUUUGUGCUCAAUUCAUUCCAAUGGAAGUAAUAAACUACCCUCAGUUUCAAACUAUUUGCUAUCAUCCUUCCCUUCUCCCUAGGCAUCGUGGUGCUUCAGCUAUUAAUUGGACUCUAAUCCAUGGAGACAAAGAAGCUGGAUUCUCUGUGUUUUGGGCAGACGAUGGUCUCGAUACUGGUCCAAUUUUACUUCAAAAAUCUUGUAAAGUAGAACCGACUGAUACUGUUGAUACUUUGUACAAUCGAUUUCUCUACCCUCAAGGAAUUCUCGGAAUGGUUGAAGCGGUGACACUGGUAGCCAACAAUAAAGCUCCUAAAAUUGCUCAAAGCACUGAGAACGUUUCCUUUGAACCCUCGAUCCGAAAAAAAAGUUUACAGCAAGUAGACUGGUCAAAAACCGCAGAAGAGCUGUAUAAUUUUAUUCGUGGUUUGGAUAGCGCUCCCGGUGCUUGGACAACUGUAAAUGGCGAGGAAGUUAGAAUGUUUGGUGCAUCGUUGUGGCAAGGAACAUUGCCGCAAGGUACAGCACUGCAAAUAUCAGGAAUGGAAGGGGAAGGACUCGUUCAUGAGAAGGGUCUGAUAAUAGUUGGUUCCGAUAAAAAAUUGGUUAAUGUAGAACGACUGUCAAUAGGCGGAAAGAUGAUCAAAGCAGCAGACUUUUUCAACGCCAACUCAAAAUCCGAGAAAAUUCAGUUCACAGAAACAGAAGAAAAACUCAUUGGUGAUUUGAAAUCCAUCUGGAAGAGUAUUCUGAAUAAUGACAUCACAGAGUCUACUCAUUUCUUCGGCUCAGGGGCUGGAUCCAUGGAUGUAGUCAGAUUAAUCGAGGAAAUUAAAGACAGACUGAAGAUUUCUCUCCAAAAUGAAGUAAUUUAUAUGAACCCUGCUUUUGAGGAUUUCUGUCAAGAAGUCAUUCUCACAUCCAGGCAGAGUUCAUCGGAAAAAUCAUGUGUUUACGAUGGAGUAGAUAUUCAAGUCAAUAAUCUCGAGCUUCGAUUCCCUACUCAGCUGUUUAUCAAUGGGAAGUUUGUUAACUCAGCCUCAGGUCAGACACUAGACUGUAUCAACCCUGCAGAUGAAAGUCUUAUUUGUCAGGUUCAAUGUGCAUCUGAAGCUGAUGUAGAUACAGCUGUAGAAGCAGCUAGCACAGCUUUCAACAAAGGUGAAUGGUCAAAAAUCAGCAGUAGAGACAGAGGGGUCCUUAUGAACCGCCUAGCAGACUUGAUGGAAGCGCAUAAGGAAGAGCUUGCUACCCUAGAAUCCAUGGACUCCGGUGCAGUCUACACUCUGGCGCUUAAAACACACAUUGGUAUGUCCAUCGAAACGUGGCGCUAUUUUGCAGGUUGGACGGAUAAAAUACAAGGCUCCACAAUUCCUAUCAGCCACGCUCGACCGAACCAUAACCUCACCUACACGGUCAAAGAGCCAUUUGGAGUUUGUGCAUUAGUCAUUCCUUGGAAUUACCCCUUGAUGAUGCUUUCUUGGAAAAUGGCAGCGUGUCUAGCUGCAGGCAAUACAGUUGUUCUAAAACCUGCAGAAGUCACUCCAUUGACUGCCUUGAAGUUUGCCGAACUGUCUGUAAAAGCAGGUUUUCCUCCUGGCGUGAUCAAUAUUAUACCUGGAACAGGGAAAGAAGUAGGUGAGGCCCUAGCAAAACAUCCAAAAGUGCGCAAAAUAGGUUUCACUGGAAGCACAGCGGUAGGGCACUCAAUUUUAAGGAGUGCAGCUGACUCUAAUCUCAAGAAAGUUUCUCUUGAACUUGGAGGAAAAUCCCCUCUCGUUAUCUUCAGUGACUGCGAUUUAGAGAAGUCUGUUAAAAUGAGUAUGGGUGGAGUGUUCUUUAACAAGGGAGAAAACUGCAUCGCUGCUGGCAGAGUUUUUGUUGAAUCCAGUAUUUACGACCAAUUCGUCCAGAAGGUGGUUGAAGAAACAAAAAAAAUUGUCAUCGGUGAUCCUUUGGACAGAAGUGUGAGUCAUGGUCCUCAAAACCACAAGAAACAUUUAGAAAAGUUAAUAGCCUACUGUGAUCAAGCGAAGCGGGAUGGAGCCAAGUUAGUUCAUGGAGGCAAACGUUGCGAUCGACCUGGACUUUUCUUUGAACCAACAAUUUUCACUGACGUCGAAGAUCACAUGAAUAUAGCCAAAGAAGAAGCUUUUGGACCUAUAAUGGCAAUCUCUUCAUUCGAUGGCAGUAAUCUGGAUUCGGUAUUACAAAGAGCAAAUGAUACCGAGUACGGUCUUGCAGCCGGCGUUUUCACGCAGAACAUCAACCGUGCUUUGGAAUUCUCACGAAGAAUUGAAGCUGGCACAGUUUUUGUCAACACAUAUAACAAGACAGAUGUUGCUGCUCCUUUUGGAGGCUAUAAGCGAUCUGGAAUCGGCAAAGAUCUUGGUGAGGAGGCAUUGUCAGAAUAUUUAAAGGUGAAGUGUGUGACAAUCGAGUAUUAAAAAAAUUACCUGUCUUUCAUGGAAUCGUACCUGGCAAGUGCAUCAAGGGCACUAUAAACAUCCAAAGGUUUUUUCUUUUGAAGUACUAUUGUGUGUUUUCUUUGGCGGAACUUGAACAAUUAGUUUUUAAUGUUUAUUCUUUUACGAAGUCUUUCUCUCAUUGUAUGUCUAAAUUGUUGUCAUAUCACAUUUCCUGUUUUGAAUCACCACUUGAGGACUUGAGACCGUACAUUGGAAGGUGUCUUCUUCUUGACCCUCAAGGAAAAUUAUUUCUUGCACAAUUUCAGAUGUAGUUCAAUGAUUCUGGAAAAUUUUUGAAAGUAGCUUUUCCAAUUCUGCUUGUAACUAAAAUCGUGAAUAAUGAAGUUACACAAGUAGAAGGGCACUCUAAUAUAGGGCCCAAAAUGGACAGUGUCAAGGCGGAUAAAGAAAGGUGGUCGCAUUUCGAGUUGAACUGCCAUUUUAAAGGCUGUGACGUGCAGAGGGUACAUGCUUUGCCAUGCAAUCAGGAUGUACCCGAAAAGUACCCGAUGCUGUGUGACAUCAAGAGGGUACGAAAUGCGACCACCACUCUUUAUCCGCCUUGGGAUAGUGUAGGAACUCAUUAGUUCCUAAGUGCAUAGGGUUCAUGUGACAGUGAGAUUUAAGGAGUGGUGUUUAGCUAACUUAAAAAAUGUAACCCUUUCAGUAUUCUAUUUGUAAAUAACUUUCACUAUUUCAAAGCCGAUGUCCCUUUGCUUUGUCUCUGAUUCUACAAGUGAUCCCUCUGUUGGCAUUUGUUUCAUCAUUCUAUGCAGAAAGACCCCUUUCCGAAAAAAAAAUUAGUCAAAUUAUACAUUAGACAGAAGAACCUAAAAAAAACUUUCAAGAAAGAAGUGCCAUUAGGUUUUUUUACAUCUUUGUGUUGCGAGAGUCGCAGAACAGUUUUUUUUACUUUUCUUAGAAAAGUAGGUGGCUUUUACCCUAGUCUUUUCAUUUUUUGUUUCAUCCUGUUGUUUUAUUUUGUUAUAUUUUACAGUCCAAACGAUAAUUAUUAUUUUUCUUUUUGUGAAUCAGGUUUUAGCUCUUAAGAGUGAAUGAGGUAAACUAAGCACACAUUCCAUAUUCAGUAUUGUGAUACCAGUGUAUUUUUCUAUUUCUUAUGCUUUGAUUCCAAGUCAUGAAUACAUUGAUCUAUUUGUA